AUGUCGAUCUCUUCUCUUCGAGGCCUUCUUUCCAGUUACUCUCCCGUUUCAGAGGGAUUCAGUCAACCUGAUCUGGAAAAAGAGGUUCACGUUUCCCUUCGAAAUGGUGACGACAGCGAGUCUUCCUCAUCCCGGUCUGUCUGCCGGGAAAAAGCGGAGAAGAAGGAGUCCAAGAUUGUUGACGGACGUAUCGUCUCCGACGCUAUUAUCGGUCUCUCCGACGGCAUGACGGUUCCUUUUGCUCUAACCGCAGGCUUAUCUGCUCUGGGAGACACCAAGGUCGUGGUUUUUGGCGGCAUGGCCGAACUCAUUGCAGGAGCCAUCUCCAUGGGACUGGGAGGCUACUUGGGUGCAAAGAGCGAAGAGGAGUCCUACCGCGCAACCCUGAAAGAAACGAAGCAAGAGAUCCUGACUGACCCCGCUUCGGUGACCGAGACGAUCUCCGAUGUCUUUGCGCCCUAUGAUCUCCCCGCAGAACUUGUGGGAGAGCUCACGCGACACCUCUCCUCAUCCCCUAACCUCCCCUCCUUCCUCAUGAAUUUCCAUCACACCGUCCAAGAACCUUCUGGCUCUCGUGCCUUCAUCUGCGCCUUGACCAUUGCACUGGGAUACUUCAUCGGUGGCUUCGUGCCACUCUUGCCCUACUUCUUCGUUGGGCCUCAUGAUGUUCUCUCUGCUCUGCGCUGGUCAAUCGCCACGAUGGCCGUUGCUCUGUUUCUGUUCGGAUACGGCAAGACAUGCUUUGUGAGCGGAUGGAAGGGAUAUCGGAACAUCAGACGCGGCGUCAUUGGCGGCUUGCAGAUGGUUCUAGUCGGAGGUGUUGCAGCAGGCUCUGCAAUGGGGCUGGUGAAGGGAUUCCAGAUGCUGGCAGACUCUCAUGGGCAUGAGCAUUAG